GCCGCCGCCGCCGCCCGCAGCCAUGGAGGACGUGGAGUCGCGUUUCAUGCACUUCUUGCAGCCCAUCCGCGACCUGACCAAGAACUGGGAGGUGGACGUGGCCGCGCAGUUGGGGGAGUACCUGGAGGAGCUGGACCAGAUCUGCGUCUCCUUCGACGGCGGGAAGACCACCAUGAACUUCAUCGAAGCAGCGCUGCUCAUCCAGGGGUCCGCCUGCAUCUACAGCAAGAAGGUGGAGUAUCUUUACACACUGGUGUACCAAGCCCUCGAUUUUAUCUCCAAUAAGAAGCGGGAAAAACAGCCCACGUCCGUCGGUGCGGAUGGGACCGACGGGGAUGUCAGCGCCGGGCCAGGACCAGCAACGGAAGAAGAAGAGUUCCUCUCCUUGGACGACAUCCAGCAGGCCAGCAGAGCCAACAUGGACCUGAGAGAUGACCAACAACACAACACGGUGGCUGUUGUGCCCUUGACCCCAAUGGCUCUGGUUCCUCCCGAAGAGUUGGACAAGAAGGACAACCCCCUCUUUAGCCGGAAGGGAGAGCUGCUGGCCAGCCGGAAGGACUUCCGUAUGAACACCUGCACCCCCCACCACAGCGGGCUCUUCAUGCUGGAGCUGGCAGGCCUCUCGCCCACCCGGUGCCAAGCAGGCAGGGACGGCGGUUGGGGCCGCGACCACCCCACCGGUCCCCAGAGCCUGGUUCCAGCAGCUGGCUCCGUACCCAUGGAGGUCAGCAUGUGCGAGACCCCAGUUCUUGCUCUGGACUUCUCUGGAGAAGGAACAGGAGCAGCGAGCCCCGCGGAUGAGCCUGAAGAGGACGGCGAGGGCUUCCUGGCAGACAUCCCCGAGGAGGACCAGGGGGUCCCUUCCGACGGAGCAGAGGAGCACACGGCACACCAGACGAGCGCCCCCCGGAGCAAAGGCUACGCCUUGCGGGAGAGAUUCCCUGCCCCGGAGGCUAAUCCCCGCCACCAGGACACGUGGGACCCCUGGCAAGGCCUCGACCCCUUCAGCUCCUCGGAAAACAAACCCUUUAAGAAAGGAAGACCCUUCACCGUGCCCCGCGGCCUGGAAGAUUCGUCUGGCGGCAAGCGCAAGAGGCGGCCUCCCUCCGUGCUGCAGGAUUUCGUGUCGUGGUUUUCGUCCUCCGACCCCACCCAACCUGGCAGCCAGAGAAGCCGCAGGAAAGUCCCCGUGUUCGCUGACCUGGAGAUUCUGUAUUGGAAGAACGCCAAGGAACGUCUGGUGGCCCAGAGGAAAUGGCAGAAGAGGAUGGUGAGUCUGGAGGCAGAGCGGCUCGCGGGAACGACGGCUGGCACUCUUGACUGGCCCAGAGAAAAGAGCACACUGAGGACCACACGCACACACCCACACCCACACUGGAUCCUUUCAUCCCUGAAAUGUUGUGUGUUCCUCCAGGCCAACGACUACACCGUGGAAAUCUCCCAACAGCCAGGCCUGGAAGAGGCCGUCGACACCAUGGCGCUGCGCCUCUUGACCCAGGAAAGGGCCCACCAGCGCUUCCAGACAUACACGGCUCCCUCACUCAGCAAGCAGUGACGUCUCGCCGCUGCGCCGUGUCUGUAUUUGUGUACAUAUGUCCAUAUAUAUAUAUGUGUGCGUGUGUGUAUAUGUGAAUGUAUGUAAAUGUAUGAAAUUGGUGUAGCUUCUCCUGCGCUACACACACAACCACCAAGUAUUUCAUCGGCAGGACCUUUCUACUCCUACCUGUGCUUU